AUGAACGCAACCACCCUCAGUAAUCUUAUUUCUCAAAUCGUGGAGAACCUCCCUGAAAAUGUCCGACAUUCUCUCAGCAAGGUCACAACGGUGCGUGCAGUCCAAGUUGGACUGGGGCUUGUCAUCGUAGGCCAGUUCUAUCGCUCGUGGAAGAACAGGGUUCCUGUCCCUAGAUACGGUGGAAUUGUCUCAUUUUCUGUUCUUUUAUCGACGAUACGAAUGAUCAGGAGAGGGCCGACUGUUUGGUCAGAGUAUUACUCCAAGUAUCCUAUGGCCAUGAUGCCAAAUGGUAGUCGAUGGCUCCUUGUCGUGCGAGACGAAUUCGUAGACGAAGUCAACCGGGCGCCCGACAGCGUGCUAUCCUUUGCUUCUGCGACCGAAGAGACCAUCCAAAUCCCAUAUACUCUUGGGGCUCAAGUCGCGGACAAUGAAUACCAUCAUAUUGUUAUCCGGAACUAUAUGACUCGUCAUCUCCACUCCAUUUUUCCAGAGGUGUACGACGAGGUUAGACAUACGCUUGAGAACGACAUUACGCUCAAUACGAAUGAAUGGAAAGAACUUCACGUCUUUCCUUGGGUACUUGACGUCAUAGCCAAAGCGAGCAACCGCGUUUUUGUCGGCACUCCGCUUUGCCGGAAUCCUGAAUGGCUUUCAAUCGUGAUCGAUGGCGCGACAUCUGUUGUCAAAACAGCCGCUAUCAUCAACAUGUUCCCUGUCCAUCUGCGAGGCAUUGUCGGAUGGCUUGUAUCCACUAAGGAUGCUCGCAAUCGACAAGCGUCAGUGCUCGCUAAAGAUGUGAUUGAGGCGCAUCUAAACCAAGUUGGCAAAGCCGAAAAUGCAGACUUUCUCGAUUCCUUGUUAUCCGUUGCUCCCCAGGAGGAACUCAACGUCGAAGAUAUCACAAGGCGUAUCAUCACGGUUAAUUUUGCGGCGAUUCAUACGAGCUCCCUUAACCUUACUCAUGCACUCUAUUGGAUCACCGCUCGCCCUGAGUAUGUGGAACCCAUGCGCGAGGAGAUUGAGGCUGUGAUCACAGAGAUGGGCUGGUCGAAGAACGCGAUCAGUCAUAUGCCCAAAGUCGAGAGCUUUAUGAAGGAGUGUAUGCGUGUUGUGCCACUUGGUUCAAUUUCGAUGGCCAGACGAGUUAUCAAACCGUUUACAUUUUCCAAUGGCAUUUCUCCGCCAAUUGGGACUAUCAUAGCCGCGCAUGUCUAUGCAACCCACAUGGACGAGGCACACUAUGCCAACCCGGGAACAUUCGACGGAUUCCGCUUCGUCAAGUCAGGCGCUGAUGUAGAAGGGAAACCGAAAGAGACAAUGUACUCGACAUCAGCAAGCUAUAUGGCAUUUAGCCACGGACGACAUGCUUGCCCAGGACGCUUUUUCGCGUCGAUGGAGCUCAAGAUCAUAUUCGCCUAUCUUGUUCUGAAUUACGACUUCACCUGGCCCUCCGAGGUUACAAGAAACCUCAAACCAGGGGAAAAGUAUCGACCAAAGGAUAUGUGGUUCGGAAGCACCUUUGUUCCGGACCCGGAGGCCAAGAUUUUGGUUCGAAAACGGCAGGCAGAGUCGUCAUUUGCAUAG